GAGUUCCAACUUGGAGCAACUUCACAACAACAUAACAUAGAUUUUGAUCAUAUAAGAAGGGACCCACAAUCAAAAGAUCGGACGGUUGAUAGGUGUGUUUGAGUACAUCCUAGGGUUUACCCAACCCUAACCUCUAAUAUUAACUAUCACACCUCACACAAUCUCAACCCUCUUUUCUCUUUCAACUCUUCUCUCUCUCUCUCUUUCUCUCUCUAUCUUACCGUGCCGCCGUCUAUUCCGGCGGCCACUGCUUUCUGCCGUCGGUUUCUCCGACCAUUUAUCUCUUUUCAUCCUUCCCUCUCCUCUAAUCUAUCCCUUAACCAGAAAAUUAAAAAUUAAAAAAUUUAAAAAAAAAGCAAAAACAAAAGAGAGAGAUUUUAUCAAACAGUUUGUGUGUUUUUUUUUUCUUUAUCUAGGGUUUUAUCUCGGAUCUUUGUCUUGAGUUCUUCCUAGGGUUUUGAUUCUGAAUAAUUUGAGGAGAGGGAAGAAAAAAAAAAGAAAAAAUUUGAAAAAUUUAUAGAAAAAAAAGAGUGGAAGUUUGUGAUGGCCCAAGUUCAAUCUCAGCCUCAGAAUGCUGUUCCCGGAGCUAACGCUGGUGGUGCGGCCAACGGUGGGAACAACCAGUUUGUGACUACGUCGCUCUAUGUUGGAGAUCUUGACCAGAGUGUCACCGAUCCACAGCUCUAUGAUCUGUUUAAUCAGAUGGGUCAGGUGGUUUCAGUUAGGGUUUGCAGGGACUUGACCACCCGAAGAUCACUUGGUUAUGGAUAUGUUAAUUAUAGCAAUCCUCAAGAUGCUGCAAGGGCUUUGGAAUUGCUGAAUUUUUCUUCUUUAAACGGAAGGCCAAUUAGGGUUAUGUACUCUCACCGUGAUCCUAGUAUUCGCAAAAGUGGGGCUGGCAAUAUAUUUAUUAAGAAUUUAGACAAGGGCAUUGAUCACAAAGCACUUCAUGAAACAUUUUCAGCAUUUGGGAACAUCCUUUCUUGCAAGGUAGCUACAGACCCAACUGGACAAUCGAAGGGCUAUGGAUUUGUUCAGUUUGACACUGAGGAAGCUGCCCAAAAGGCUAUAGAGAAGUUGAAUGGAAUGCUUUUGAAUGAUAAGCAAGUCUUUGUGGGGCCCUUCCUUCGCAAGCAGGAAAGAGAAGGUUCAUCUGAUAAGUCGAAGUUCAACAAUGUUUUUGUAAAGAAUCUAUCUGAAUCAACAAAUGAGGAUGACUUGAAUAGAAUUUUUGGUGAGUUUGGAGAAAUUACUAGCGUAGUGGUGAUGAGGGAUGCAGAUGGGAAAUCAAGGUGCUUUGGGUUUGUCAACUUUGAGAAUGUAGAGGAUGCUAUGAGGGCUGUUGAGGCUUUGAAUGGGAAGAAAAUUGAUGAUAAGGAGUGGUAUGUUGGUAAAGCCCAGAAAAAAUCUGAAAGGGAAGUUGAAUUGAAAGUCAAAUUUGAACAGAGUAUGAAAGAGGCAUCUGACAAAUAUCAAGGUGCAAACCUGUAUGUUAAAAAUUUAGAUGAUACUGUCAGUGAUGAAAAACUUAAGGAGCUAUUCUCCCAAUUCGGUACAAUAACCUCAUGCAAGGUUAUGCGAGACCCAAAUGGAGUAAGCAGGGGAUCAGGGUUUGUUGCAUUCUCUACACCUGAAGAAGCAUCUCGAGCACUCUUGGAGAUGAAUGGAAAGAUGAUUGUUAGCAAACCUCUCUAUGUUGCGCUUGCACAACGAAAAGAAGAUAGGAGAGCUAGGUUGCAGGCUCAAUUUUCUCAGAUGCGACCUGUUGCUAUUGCACCUUCAGUUGCUCCUCGUAUGCCUAUGUACCCUCCUGGCGGCCCAGGUAUUGGACAACAAAUAUUCUACGGUCAAGGCCCACCUGCUAUCAUUCCUUCUCAGCCUGGAUUUGGGUAUCAACAGCAACUUGUUCCUGGUAUGAGGCCUGGUGGGGCAACAAUGCCAAAUUUCUUUAUGCCAAUGGUUCAGCAAGGACAGCAAGGGCAGCGCCCUGGUGGCAGACGUGGUGGAGCUGUCCAGCAAAACCAGCAACCCGUUUCAUUAAUGCAACAACAGAUGCUUCCAAGAGGGCGGGUUUAUCGUUACCCUCCAGGCCGUGGCCUGCCUGAUGUCCCAAUGCCUGGCCCCGGUGUUGCUGGAGGAAUGUUUUCUGUUCCAUUUGACAUGGGUAGUGGUGUGCCAAUGCGUGAUAGUACAGCUCUUUCUCAGCCAAUUCCAAUUGGGGCAUUGGCUACUGCCCUUGCAAAUGCUUCACCAGAGCAGCAAAGAACUAUGCUGGGCGAGAAUCUUUACCCACUAGUGGAACAGCUGGAACCAGAUAAUGCUGCUAAGGUCACCGGCAUGCUUCUGGAGAUGGAUCAAACUGAGGUUCUGCAUUUGCUCGAGUCACCAGAAGCCUUGAAAGCUAAAGUGGCCGAGGCCAUGGAAGUUCUAAGAACAGUUGCACAGCAGCAGCAGCAGCAGGCUGGCAAUGCAGCUGAUCAACUGUCCUCGUUGUCUCUUACAGACAACCUUGUUUCCUGAGAAUGUAUUUUGGCGAAAAUUUGUACUCGAAAGAACCUCGUGAACUAGACACUGUUGCGGUUGUGGUUGUGAUUGUGGGUUUUUAGUUUUUAGGAGAGACGCAGAUUUUGGUUUGUUCUGAGAACUUUUAAAUUUCACGUCCAGAUUGAUUGUGACAUUACGUUUUGACUGACUUCACUAUGCAUAUUUAUUGCUUACAUGUUUUGAGCUUA